UGCGAGGUGAAAACAGGAUAACUGAUAAAAAGAAAACACGUCGGUUUGUCUCAAUUUUACAUCUCUUCUCGAAAGUCGCUCAAAACUCAUCAAAGUUGCAAAAUUAAACGCAAAGCGUCGGGUUCGGUGAGUUUUCUCACGCGGGCUAAGUCCAAACUACGCAAGGCUUUCUCAGGAAUGAGCGACGGAAAAACUAAAAAGGACGCAACUAAUAAAGAAAUCAUCAACAUGAACGACGCCGCAGGAUAUUUGGAUAAAUUUGUAGGAGAUGUGAGCAAAAAAUCAGCCACAAAACAGAUUCUCAUCGGAGCCGGCAGUGGAUGGGCAACUGGUUACAUCACGAUGAAGGUGGGCAAGAUGGCAGCUAUUGCGGUAGGUGGUGGCAUAAUUCUCCUGCAGAUAGCCAAUCAACAAGGCAUCAUUGCGAUCGAUUGGAACAAGGUGCAGAAGAAGGUAGACAAAGUCACCGAUAAGGUGGAAGAAGCCGUCACCGGACAAGGACCGAGCUGGGCAGACAAGGCUGAAAGAUUCGUCGAUCGCAAGCUGAACCAGGCGGAAGAUGCGCUAAACAAACGCUCCAAAAAAGCCAAGAAGUGGUACACCAACCUGAUCGGUGACGAGAACGGCUGCAAGGUGAAUGAUCUACACAUUUUCUUAUGUGCCUUUGCGGCGGGCGUUGCGAUCGGUGUCGGUACUGCUUAAAGACAAAAGUUGCCGAUCGUGGACGUUAGCGGAACAGUCAUCUGAAAAAAAACAUCAAUCCAAGUCGCAUAGUAAUUUGCAUUACAAGCAUCUCAUAACCGUUGAAAGUUUAUCUACGACCUACGGAUGAAUUUCUACAAAAACUGUCUCCACUAAAUCUGCUCGCUAGGUGAGGAAUAUACGCAGUAAAGAUUCUUCCUGUUAGCAACCGUUAGCAGAAACAAAAUGUUCAUCGAAUCUCGGGCGAUGUUUGACAGUGAUGUUCCGUUUUCAUGCUAGUUCCCCCAUAGAAUCCCACUAGGAUGAUGGAAAAUGAUGUUAUAUUUUGUGAUUAUAUACGUUUAAUACGGGCGGCAUUCAUAACGAUUCGUGUUGUAAAGAUUAGGAAAUUUUUGAAUGCAUUAUUCAUCAAAUCCUCGAACAAAACACCAGCUCUGUACUUAACGCGAUCAAUUUAAACACCAUCAAUGAUUGUAAAAAAAACAACCGGGUUACGGUAUCGAGAAACAUUUAUGCUCGCAACGCAUGUUAUAGCGCACAAAGAAUGUUCUCUUCAGCAGAAGUAACAAUUGUUUCCGGGCGUAGAUCAUCAUAACGACUGAAAAGAAAAUGCGACCUCUGUCACGAUAAUGCAAUCAGCUGUUUGCGCAAUUAUUUAUAUGUUGUGAUCCGCCAAUUCAGCUAAGAGCCCUAUACCAUACUGUAAGUUCAGAGUGAUUAUAGUUGUUUCUGAAUUAAUCAUUCGUAAUCAUUUACUACUUUUAGUUAAACGUUUUCGCUAUGUUAGAAUAUGUAUUGCUUUUAUUUCAAGAAUUUCCGAACCCUUGUACACAACUCACUAAAUAAAAUGAAGCUUUCAAACGGUAAAUUA